CUUUUGCCGUUUCUGACAUGACAUAAGAAAUUAGUAUUUUUUAAAGGGAAAGGGGCGGACUGCAGAAAUCGACGUUGCUUUGCCUUGGCCGCUAACUCUGUUUUAAAUUCGAGUGCUUUGACAUAAAUUGAAAGUAAAACAACCGCCGAACGCAAUUUCGCGGAACAGAGUCGCAACAAUGACGGGAAUAAUUUCGAUCGUAACGAGACGGCUGCCCCAAACUUUGGGAAUGCGAGCCCUGCGGAGUAAUGAGGUAAAGCGUUGCAUCCGCCAAUAUUCUCGGUUAGUUGCCUGCGCCGCCCAGCAGCAGCAGUUGCUCCGUCAGGAUGGAUCGAAUCGCUGCCAGGAGGCCACCAGGCUUCUCACCUGGCAGGGUAUCCACACCACGUCGAGCAUGUGGUCGGAGCAGACCGUCAAUGUGCCACCCUUUGCGGACUCCAUUGCCGAGGGUGAUAUCAAGUUUACUUGCAAGGUGGGUGACUCAUUCGCCGCUGACGAGGCUGUCAUGGAAAUCGAGACCGACAAGACGACGGUGGCUGUGCCAGCUCCCUUCUCCGGAACUCUGACCGACAUUCUGGUGAAGGAUGGCGACACCGUCAAGCCCGGCCAGGCUCUGUUCAAGAUUAAGCCCGGUGCAGCGCCCGCCAAGGCAGCUGCUCCAGCGGCUGCUCCUGCGCCUGCUGCCCCAAAAGCUGCCCCAGCUCCCGCUGCUGCACCCAAGCCGGCACCUCCACCACCUGCCGCCGGCGCACCAAAGCCACCACCACCGCCACCACCAAAGGCAGCCCCUCGACCACCACCACCUGCUCCAGUGGCUGCACUCAAGCCGGCCGUCGCCCAGGUGAAGGUGCCACCAGCGGACGGAUCGCGGCAGAUCCUAGGCACUAGGUCCGAGCAGCGUGUCAAGAUGAACCGAAUGCGUCUAAAGAUUGCCGCCCGCUUGAAGGAUGCCCAGAACACAUGUGCUAUGCUCACCACUUUCAACGAGAUCGAUAUGAGCUAUGCCAUGGACUUCCGAAAGCAGAAUCUGGAUGCGUUCACUAAGAAGUAUGGUAUUAAGUUUGGAUUCAUGUCGAUCUUCGCAAAGGCUAGUGCCUAUGCGCUGCAGGAUCAGCCCGUAGUGAACGCCGUCAUUGAUGGCACGGACAUCGUGUAUCGCGACUACGUUGACAUCUCUGUGGCCGUGGCUACGCCCCGUGGGUUGGUGGUGCCCGUCAUCCGCAACGUGGAGGGCAUGAACUAUGCCGACAUCGAGAUCGCACUGGCCGGUCUGGCCGAUAAGGCCAGGCGGGAUGCCAUCACCGUGGAGGACAUGGACGGUGGUACCUUCACCAUCAGCAAUGGCGGAGUGUUCGGAUCCCUGAUGGGCACGCCCAUCAUCAAUCCGCCACAGAGUGCCAUUCUCGGCAUGCACGGCAUCUUUGAUCGGCCAAUUGCUGUCAAGGGAGAGGUCAAGAUACGUCCUAUGAUGUACAUCGCCCUGACCUACGAUCACCGAAUCAUUGAUGGACGUGAGGCGGUCCUGUUCCUGCGAAAAAUAAAGGCUGCUGUAGAGAACCCAGCAAUUAUUGUUGCCGGAUUGUAAAGUGAAUUGUCUUAACACACGUCCACGGCCUUAAUUUGAUAUUAGCCUUUUUAAUUUGAAACUGUCUUUGGUUAUUUAUUAUUUCAUUUUGCGAGCGUCACAAAAAUUAGAAAAUCAACCGAAUUCGAACUACUCUUAGCAUCGGAAGUAGUAUAAUAAAUCAAACGUGGAUCUUUUCUUAAACAUAACCUGUGCACUGAAUGUUAUUGUUAACCUAAGACGCUGCGAUGGAAUGUCGUAAUAAAUCGAUGACGAAUAUUGACCAACCUCAAUGCAUUCGAUUGUCAAAUGAA